GAUGUUCAAUUCUCUUUCAGCCAUUGGAUUUAAACCAUUGAAAUAUCAAGGAAAACUUUGUGAAUCGGAAGCUUGGGAUAUACAAUGUGAAGGUGAUCGUUUUAUUCAUGUUGUUGGUAUUAACUACGGUAGAACCGAAGGUGAUUCUCACUGUCUUCCUUUUAUUGAUAACAAUUCUACUAUAAUUGAGGAGUGUCAUACGAAUGCGAUUAAUAUAACAACAUUAGUAAAAGAAGAUUGUGAUGGGAAAACGGAAUGCUCAUUGGAUAUUAGUAGAUUAGCGGAACACGCUAAACAUUGUCCUAACAACUCUUAUCCUUAUCUCGAUUUACACUACGAAUGUGUGGUGAAGACUAAGACAAGAUAUAUUUGUAAAACUGAAGGACCAAUGUCGAUUAUAUGUCCAUCUGAUCAUUUAAUUAUGAUAAGAAAUGCUGUCUUUGGACAAAUAGCCGGCGAAGAUAGAUGCUCAUCAUUAGAAGCGCCUAAAGCGAAUUGUUCUUCACUUAACACUUUGAAAUAUGUUUAUUAUCAAUGUCAGAAAACUUCGAAUUGCGAAAUUAGUUGGGAAGCGAAUGAUCCUUGUCCAAUAGAUAACGAUUUAAACAGUUUUCUAGAAGUUGAAUAUGCGUGUUUAAAGUGUAAAAAUGAAAAACCAAAUCGUAAAUGUAAUCAUUUAGCAAAGAUUGGCCAUUGUCAUAAGAAUCCUGGUUGGAUGUAUACUUAUUGUAGAAAAUCUUGCUGGAAGUGUAGGACUAUUCGAGAUAUUGAACAAUGCAAAAAUACUGCAAUUGCCGAUAAUCAAUGUGAACAGUGGGUAAGGGAAGGAAAAUGCUAUAGUGAUCGGAAACAUAUGCUAUUAUUUUGCUUAAAAUCGUGUAGAAAGUGUCGCGAACCUAAAGGUAUUCCAACGUGCGUAAAUAAUCUACUAGAUGACGCUCUAUGCGAAAGGCUAGCCUAUUACGGAUUCUGCCAGUACAAUCAUGAUUCCAUGAACGAUCUUUGCUUCAAAACUUGUAGCGGAUGCGAAUUCAUUGAUAGUAAAGGUGACAUCUGCGAUAAUCCUUCAGGAGAUGAAAAUUGUAAUAAGUGGGCAUCAACUAAUGAAUGUGAUCUCAAUAGAGAUUGGAUGUCUCAGCAGUGUACUAGAGCGUGUAAAAGGUGUAAUGAAGUAAAACGAACCAAGGAGGAAUUACCAAAAAUUGAUUGUUUUAAUUCAUUUGGCGAUGAAACAUGUAGAAAAUGGGGAACGGAUAUUCAUUGUCAUAUAAAUCCACAAUGGAUGUUGCAUAUUUGCUAUAAAACAUGUUCAAAAUGCGAUGAAAAAGCAGAACCAAAAUGCGUUAAUCUUAUUGGCGAUGAUAGCAUUUGUUUAAGAUGGGGAAUUUCUGGUCUUUGCGUAAAGAGAAGGAAUUUCAUGGAACAAUACUGCUAUAAGAUGUGCACUCAUUGUAAACCAAUUAAAGAAAAACCUAUCGAUUGUUCAUCUAUUAGAAAAGAAUGCGCUGAUUGGAUAAAAAUUAACGGAUGUAGUAAGAAGAAGGGUUCGAUGUCUAUUCUAUGCUUUAAGGAAUGCGAAGCUUGUCAGUUAAAUAUCGACAAUACCAUCACCUUAAGAUAA